AUGGCUGCCGCAAUCGAGUCCCAGGUCCAGUUCGAGCGAGAUCUUCGAAGCGCACACCAAGACUACAAGAGGACUAAAGACUCACAGUCCAAAUGGUCAAACGGAGCCCGUCCUCUGGCAGGCUGCCGCCUUGACUGGACCACUCUGGAGGCCGUCGGCGGCACCGAACAGCAGCGAGCCAAGACGCGCCCCAGAGGCAAGAACAGCGAGACCUCUCACCACAAGAAGACGCAGCACAACGUAACCAAGUUCCGAUCACACUGGGAGCUUCCUCAUGGGCGCGUGCAGUCGGCGGCGCGGGCCAAGGAACAGAUUAAGGAUCCACUCAGCCGAUCUGUCAUGGAGAUGGCCCCGUCUCAGGAGGGCUGGAAGAACCUCCCCGCUUCGGAGGAUUGGAAAUACAGCUUUGAUAGGAUCGAAAGUCCCAACCGACCGCUGACGCUCGACGUCUUCAUCAAGACGACGGGCCGCGAGACGGAGCGCAUGGUGGAGAAAGAAUACGAAAUCCUCAACGAAAACGGACAGAUUCUCAAGGGCCGUAAGGCACGCCAGAGCCUGCGUCAGGAUGGGCUUCGUAUCGCCGAGGACGAUGGUUUCCAGCUGGUCUGA